UACUAUUACUGCAUAGUUCAUUGAUUUUGCGAUCCAGGCAGAGGAUAGGAACAUCACAUGACAACAAUCACUAGACAACCACUCAAUUUCAACUUGAUAUAUUCCGCUGAGACGAUUAUCUAAUACGCCACUUGUGUCAUUUAUUAGAUUAAGCAAUGGCAUCCUCCAGCGAAGAAGCAAGCACGCAGGCACACGAGGCACAUGAGGCUUCCGAUACUGCAAGGGCGCCUUCGUUUCCGCCACAUCAAUCUCGCCGAGUAUGGUUUCUCUCUUCAGGAAACUCGCCCAUCGGCAUCACUCUCACAAGAUGGUUACUUGAUCAUGGAGAUGCGGUUGUAUGUGGAAUGGCACCUAGCGAACUGCCUGAUAAAGACGAAUGGCAAAGGCAUAGUGGGACGCAAGACGACAGUAGAGACACUACCAAUGGACAUGCGGCUCCAGGAAAUGACAAACCAGAUCCAAGGAGUGCACGAAGCGACGAGUUCCGUAAUUUUUUAUAUGAUGAGCUAGCGCAAAGAGAAGACUGGAAGGGGAGGUAUCGGUUCGUGUUGCUAGAUAUGAGAACCAUGGGCCAAUGCCAGGCUGCCGUCGCGGAGGCUGUUCAGGCUUUCGGAAGAAUUGAUGUACUGCUAUGCUGUACCAGCGAAUCUUUGGUCGGGACUGUCGAAGAAUUGGGAGCGUCAUCAAGAGCGACAACGCUCGUACGCGAUCAAUUCGAGACCAAUUUUUUCGGGCCAGUUAAUAUCAUCAAGGCCUUGUUACCUUCUUUCCGUGCUCAACUAUCAGGGCACGUCAUCAUACUCGGCGGUAUCACCGGCCAAUUAGGCGCACCUGGAUUGAGCAUGUACUGCGCAUCUGGAUGGGCACUUGAAGGAUUCUGUGAUAGUCUGGCGUAUGAAGUUGCGCCGUUCAACAUCAAAGUGACCAUUGUUCAGACGAAUCUAGAAAUCAAUGUGCUCACGAAUCGUAUAAGGGCAGUUCCUCCGCUGCCCCCAUACGAUCCUGAGUUCAACCCAGUUCCCAUGUCGCGAGAAUUUCUCGGGGGUAUGAUUGAACGCGUCGAGGCAAUGCUCGGUCAGGAGAACGUAGGGCCUGCUCAGUUGGCAUCCAGUCAAGGGAUUUCGAGUUUUUAUCCUCGUCUACCUCCCGCAUUUCAAGAUGCCUUGAUUGCAGAGACUGUGUACGCUCUUCUUGCAAUCGGCGGACACGAAAACCCUCCAGCGCGCCACAUUGUCGGCCAUGAUGGUGUUGCUUCUAUAAAAGAAAGACUAAAGACUGUGAGUGAGGAGCUCGAGGACUUUGUAGAGGUCAGUAGCGCAGCGGAUAUCGUUGAAAACCCUGAAACUGGGUCUAUUGCGCGACCCGAUCAUUGAGCUGCAAGGACAUGGAGCAACAUUAAGUUAUGUUUCGAUAUCUUUGUCGGCGGAUUGUUCUCCAGCCCGAAUUCAGGCGCCGUGCAAAUUUCCUGUCUCGAAUUUCUCUUUUUCUCUCCCUUUCUUCAUAUAUAUUUUUCAAGCGCCGAUUUCCCUUGCCUUUGUAAAUAUAACCCAAUUUGCUGGUUUACAUAUUCCCAACAGUCCAUAUGCAGUACAGCUUCAGGGUAUAUACUGCACUGUAUCUGAAGCAUCUCAGCUCUGCUGCCCACAUGGAUCUCGGCUUAAUCUAAAACCCUAAAUCCAGACCAAAAGGACCGAUGCAGCCAGUAAAAAUUCUUAAUCUAAAUCCUUGAGGC